UCCAGCAAUAUAUCAAAACGUCUAUGGACUCAUUUUGGAAAGUAACUUAUCUCAUAUAUAUUAUACUCAUUGUCUUCUUCUACAUUAGAGUUUCAAGUUGAAGUGUGCGUAUAUGCAAUGUCAAACCUAUCUCCACCAGUUCGAACUUGCGUUCUGAGAGUUGGAAUCAAGUGUUGCAAAGGUUGCCAGACCAAAGCAAAGAGAAAGUUGCUAAAUGUGUCUGGGGUGGAUGCAGUUGAGUAUAACGCAGAACAAGGGCUCUUGACAGUCUUAGGUGAUGUCAACCCAACAACAUUGCUUCAUAAGCUUACCAAAUGGGGCAAAAAGGCAGAACUUGUCUCUUUUCUUGGAGACAACUCUUCCUAUGUUCCUAGAACCCCGGAACAAAACCAAAACAAGACAAUGGAGAAGAAGAAGGAGAAGCCAACAAAGCGUUGUCUUCUAAUGUGUUUUGGGAAAAGACGCAAGAACACAAAGGUUGAGCCUAUGGCAAUGCCAAACUGGAACUAUCGAGGAAUAGGGACCGAAAAUGGCAAUGCCACGCCCUUCAUUAACGCGGCAAUGUCACCUCCAAUGGUGUAUCCCCCUCCACAAGCAGUGCCUGGCUUCACAACACCCAUACCAUACCCUCCUCCUAAUUAUUUUGGGGCAAGACAACCACCACCAUACACUGGUGCUGGUAUGUUCCAGUCAGCUCCACCACAAUCCCCACCAUAUUUUCCAGUUCCCAACUCUAGGCUGCAUUACCCGCACCACUGACACAGUUCUUUCAGAUGAUACAUUCAUUGCUUGUUUCUUCUCUUUAGCUAUGACUCAAAUGCUGAGUAAUAAGAUGAUGAAUUCUUU